UCGCCUCCGCUGUCGCAGUCGGCUACUUGAUAUUCCACAUCUGAUACAUGCGCCUCGCCGUCGCUCAUACGCCCCGUUGUACGCUGAGAAAGUGCGGAAAGUGCGCCAACUUUCAACUUGUUCGAAAGUGCGGAAUAGGACGUAGGACAUAGGAUAUAGGCGUUGUCCUAGGCCGCUUUUUGGUGAGCAGGAAGCUGGCGCCACCCAACGACCUUGACAACUGCGGAAUGCAGGCGAAAGCACAUAAAUUGUAAUUAAACAAGGGCAAACAAAUUGAAAAAGCCGAAGGAGAAAACAAGUAGAAACAUUCGAAAUAGCUGCAAAAGCAACAAAUAACUCGUUAAACUUUCCUGGCCAGCGAGCCAAGAAAAAGAGUGAAACAGGAGAAAAAAAGCAACGCACAUUUUUAUUUAUUAGUUGGCCGAACUUUUCGCAAAAUGCCAGCGGGUCGAGUGGCUGGCAAAGCCGGCUACUCCAAUCACUACUACAACGGCCGCUCGUAUGUGGGAAUCAACGAGGAGAUCAUGUGGGUGAGCAUUGGCAUGGGCGUGACCAUCGUGCUCCUGAUCACGAUCGCCCUGUGCUACAUUGCCCGCGAGAAGUGCCAAAAGCGGCAGCGGGAGUACUACGUGACCGCAUAGUUGUUGUACGCGGCCUGCGAAGCGACGGAGGAGCAGGGGAAUCCCCCGGAUCAGGUCAUGGAAAUGGAAGUGGAGGGGAAACCGACUGGCGUC